CAGUCGGCUGUGGGGCGGCGGCCGCGGCGGCUGGACGCCCGUUUCUGUCGCUCGGCGCGCGGCGCUCGCGGCGGCCUCUCGCUCCCCCUCUCGGCCUCCCGGGUCCCGAGCGCGGCGCCAUGUCGGAGCCCGGCGGCGGCGGCGGCGAGGACGGCUCGGCCGGCCUGGAGGUGUCGGCGGUGCAGAACGUGGCGGACGUGGCGGUGCUGCAGAAGCACCUGCGCAGGCUGGUGCCGCUGCUGCUGGAGGACGGCGGCGAGGCCCCGGCCGCGCUCGAGGCGGCGCUCGAGGAGAAGAGCGCGCUGGAGCAGAUGCGCAAGUUCCUGGCGGACCCGCAGGUCCACACGGUGCUGGUGGAGCGCUCCACGCUCAAGGAGGACGUGGGCGAUGAGGGAGAAGAGGAGAAGGAGUUCAUCUCCUACAACAUCAACAUAGACAUCCACUACGGGAUCAAGUCCAACAGCUUGGCAUUCAUUAAACGUACCCCGGUGAUCGACGCGGACAAGCCCGUGUCUUCCCAGCUCCGAGUCCUCACCCUCAGCGAAGACUCCCCGUACGAAACCCUGCACUCCUUCAUCAGCAACGCGGUGGCCCCUUUCUUCAAGUCCUACAUCCGCGAGUCUGGCAAGGCAGACAGGGAUGGCGAUAAAAUGGCCCCUUCGGUGGAGAAGAAGAUCGCGGAGCUGGAAAUGGGGCUCCUGCACCUGCAGCAGAACAUCGAGAUCCCCGAGAUCAGCCUGCCGAUCCACCCCAUCAUCACCAACGUCGCCAAGCAGUGCUACGAGCGGGGGGAGAAGCCCAAGGUCACGGACUUCGGAGACAAGGUUGAAGACCCCACAUUCCUCAAUCAGCUGCAGUCUGGAGUGAACCGCUGGAUCCGAGAAAUCCAGAAGGUCACCAAACUUGAUAGAGACCCAGCAUCAGGAACUGCCUUACAGGAAAUUAGUUUCUGGCUCAAUUUGGAACGUGCGCUGUACCGAAUUCAGGAGAAACGAGAAAGCCCGGAAGUCCUCCUCACUCUGGAUAUCUUGAAGCAUGGCAAGCGUUUCCAUGCCACCGUGAGCUUCGACACUGACACAGGUCUGAAGCAGGCUUUGGAAACGGUGAACGACUACAACCCUCUGAUGAAAGAUUUCCCUCUCAACGAUCUGCUGUCUGCAACUGAGCUGGACAAGAUAAGGCAGGCUCUGGUGGCCAUUUUCACCCACCUGAGAAAGAUCCGGAACACAAAGUACCCCAUUCAGAGGGCGCUUCGUUUGGUGGAGGCUAUUUCAAGAGACUUGAGUUCCCAGUUACUUAAAGUAUUGGGCACUAGGAAAUUGAUGCACGUUGCUUAUGAAGAGUUUGAAAAAGUCAUGGUGGCGUGCUUUGAAGUCUUCCAGACUUGGGACGACGAGUACGAGAAGCUGCAGGUGUUGCUGAGGGACAUUGUCAAGAGGAAGAGGGAAGAAAACCUGAAGAUGGUCUGGCGGAUCAACCCCGCCCACCGGAAGCUCCAGGCGCGCCUGGACCAGAUGAGAAAGUUCCGGCGGCAGCACGAGCAGCUGAGAGCCGUGAUUGUCCGCGUGCUCAGGCCGCAGGUCACAGCCGUGGCACAGCAGAACCAAGGAGAGGUGCCCGAGCCACAGGACAUGAAGGUCGCUGAGGUGCUCUUUGACGCCGCGGACGCGAAUGCCAUCGAGGAGGUGAACCUGGCGUACGAGAACGUCAAGGAAGUGGAUGGGCUGGAUGUCUCCAAAGAAGGCACGGAGGCCUGGGAGGCCGCCAUGAAGAGGUACGACGAGAGGAUCGACAGGGUGGAGACCCGCAUCACCGCGCGGCUCCGAGACCAGCUGGGCACCGCCAAGAACGCCAACGAGAUGUUCAGGAUCUUCUCGAGGUUCAACGCGCUGUUCGUCAGGCCCCACAUCCGCGGGGCCAUCCGCGAGUACCAGACGCAGCUGAUCCAGCGCGUGAAGGACGACAUCGAGUCCCUGCACGACAAGUUCAAGGUGCAGUACCCGCAGAGCCAGGCGUGCAAGAUGAGCCACGUGCGGGACCUGCCGCCCGUGUCGGGCUCCAUCAUCUGGGCGAAGCAGAUCGACAGGCAGCUGACGGCCUACAUGAAGCGCGUGGAGGACGUGCUGGGCAAGGGCUGGGAGAACCACGUGGAGGGGCAGAAGCUGAAGCAGGACGGGGACAGCUUCCGCAUGAAGCUCAACACGCAGGAGAUCUUCGACGACUGGGCGCGGAAGGUGCAGCAGCGCAACCUCGGCGUGUCAGGCCGCAUCUUCACCAUCGAGAGCACGCGGGUCCGCGGCCGGACCGGGAACGUCCUGAAGCUCAAGGUGAACUUCCUGCCCGAGAUCAUCACGCUGUCCAAAGAGGUCCGGAACCUCAAGUGGCUGGGCUUCCGGGUGCCCCUGGCCAUCGUGAACAAGGCCCACCAGGCCAACCAGCUGUACCCGUUCGCCAUCUCGCUCAUCGAGAGCGUGCGCACGUACGAGCGUACCUGCGAGAAGGUGGAGGAGCGCAGCACCAUCGCGCUGCUGGUGGCCGGCCUGAAGAAGGAGGUGCAGGCGCUCAUCGCCGAGGGCAUCGCGCUGGUGUGGGAGUCCUACAAGCUGGACCCGUACGUGCAGCGCCUGGCGGAGAUGGUCUUCAACUUCCAAGAGAAGGUGGACGAUCUGCUCAUCAUCGAAGAGAAAAUAGACCUGGAAGUCCGCUCCCUGGAGACGUGCAUGUAUGAUCACAAGACGUUCUCAGAGAUCCUGAACCGGGUCCAGAAGGCCGUGGACGACCUGAACCUGCACUCCUACUCCAACCUGCCCAUCUGGGUCAACAAGCUGGACAUGGAGAUCGAGAGAAUACUGGGCGUCCGCCUGCAGGCAGGCCUCCGGGCUUGGACCCAGGUGCUUCUGGGACAAGCUGAAGACAAAGCAGAAGUGGACAUGGACACGGACGCCCCGCAAGUCAGCCACAAGCCCGGCGGGGAGCCCAAGAUCAAAAACGUGGUUCACGAGCUGCGGAUCACCAACCAGGUCAUCUACUUGAACCCGCCCAUCGAGGAGUGCCGCUACAAGCUCUACCAGGAGAUGUUUGCCUGGAAGAUGGUGGUGCUGUCCCUGCCCAGGAUCCAGAGUCAGCGCUACCAGGUUGGCGUCCAUUACGAGCUGACCGAAGAGGAGAAGUUCUACCGGAAUGCUCUGACCCGCAUGCCCGAUGGCCCCGUGGCCCUGGAGGAGUCCUACUCCGCCGUCAUGGGCAUCGUGACAGAGGUCGAGCAGUACGUCAAGGUCUGGCUCCAGUAUCAGUGCUUAUGGGACAUGCAGGCUGAGAACAUCUAUAACCGGCUCGGGGAAGACCUCAACAAGUGGCAGGCCCUCUUGGUUCAGAUACGGAAGGCCAGGGGGACCUUUGACAACGCAGAGACCAAGAAGGAGUUUGGCCCCGUCGUCAUCGAUUACGGCAAGGUGCAGUCCAAGGUGAACCUGAAGUACGACUCUUGGCACAAGGAGGUCCUCAGCAAGUUCGGGCAGAUGCUUGGGUCCAACAUGACCGAGUUCCACUCGCAGAUCUCCAAGUCUCGCCAGGAGCUGGAGCAGCACUCGGUGGACACGGCCAGCACCUCUGACGCCGUGACCUUCAUCACCUACGUGCAGUCUCUGAAGCGGAAGAUCAAGCAGUUCGAGAAGCAAGUGGAGCUCUACCGCAACGGCCAGCGCCUGCUGGAGAAGCAGAGGUUCCAGUUCCCGCCGUCGUGGCUGUACAUCGACAACAUCGAGGGCGAGUGGGGCGCCUUCAAUGACAUCAUGCGGCGCAAGGACUCGGCCAUCCAGCAGCAGGUGGCCAACCUGCAGAUGAAGAUCGUGCAGGAGGACCGGGCCGUGGAGAGCCGCACCACCGACCUGCUGGGCGACUGGGAGAAGACCAAGCCCGUCACGGGUAACCUGCGGCCGGAGGAGGCACUGCAGGCGCUCACCAUCUACGAGGGCAAGUUCGGCCGCCUCAAGGACGACCGCGAGAAGUGCGCCAAGGCCAAAGAGGCGCUGGAGCUCACGGACUCGGGGCUGCUCGGCGGCAGUGAGGAGCGCGUCCAGGUGGCCUUGGAGGAACUCCAGGACCUCAAAGGCGUGUGGUCGGAGCUUUCCAAGGUGUGGGAGCAGAUCGACCAGAUGAAGGAGCAGCCGUGGGUGUCGGUGCAGCCUCGGAAGCUGCGACAGAAUCUCGACGGCCUGCUGAACCAGCUGAAGAACUUCCCGGCGCGGCUGCGGCAGUACGCCUCCUACGAGUUCGUGCAGAGGCUGCUGAAGGGCUACCUGAAGAUCAACAUGCUGGUCAUCGAGCUCAAGUCCGAGGCGCUCAAGGACCGCCACUGGAAGCAGCUGAUGAAGCGGCUGCACGUGAACUGGGUGGUGUCCGAGCUCACCCUGGGCCAGAUCUGGGACGUGGACCUGCAGAAGAACGAGGCCAUCGUGAAGGAUGUGCUGCUGGUGGCGCAGGGGGAGAUGGCGCUGGAGGAGUUCCUGAAGCAGAUCCGGGAAGUGUGGAACACCUACGAGCUGGACCUGGUCAACUACCAGAACAAGUGCCGGCUGAUCCGCGGCUGGGACGACCUCUUCAACAAGGUCAAGGAGCACAUCAACAGCGUCUCCGCCAUGAAGCUGUCCCCCUACUACAAGGUCUUCGAGGAGGACGCCCUGAGCUGGGAGGACAAGCUGAACCGCAUCAUGGCGCUGUUCGACGUGUGGAUCGACGUGCAGCGGCGCUGGGUCUACCUGGAGGGCAUCUUCACGGGCAGCGCCGACAUCAAGCACCUCCUGCCCGUGGAGACCCAGCGGUUCCAGAGCAUCAGCAUGGAGUUCCUGGCUCUGAUGAAGAAGGUGUCCAAGUCCCCGCUCGUGAUGGACGUCCUGAGCAUCCAGGGCGUGCAGCGAUCUCUGGAGAGGUUGGCGGAUCUGCUCGGAAAGAUCCAGAAGGCUCUGGGAGAGUACCUGGAGAGAGAGCGGUCGUCCUUCCCCAGGUUUUAUUUCGUGGGUGAUGAAGAUUUGCUCGAGAUCAUCGGGAACAGCAAGAACGUGGCCAAGUUGCAGAAGCACUUCAAGAAAAUGUUUGCGGGCGUGUCGAGCAUCAUCCUGAACGAGGACAGCUCCGUGGUGCUGGGCAUCUCGUCCCGGGAGGGAGAGGAGGUGAUGUUCAAGACCCCCGUGUCCAUCACCGAGCACCCCAAGAUCAACGAGUGGCUCACGCUGGUGGAGAAGGAGAUGAGGGUCACUCUGGCCAAGCUGCUCGCCGAGUCUGUCACCGAAGUCGAGAUUUUCGGCAAAGCGACGUCCAUUGACCCGAACACCUACAUCACCUGGAUCGAUAAGUACCAGGCCCAGCUGGUGGUCCUGUCGGCCCAGAUCGCCUGGUCGGAGAACGUGGAGACGGCCCUGAGCAGCAUGGGGGGCAGCGGGGACGCGGCGCCCCUGCACUCGGUGCUGAGCAACGUGGAGGUCACCCUCAACGUGCUGGCCGACUCCGUGCUCAUGGAGCAGCCCCCGCUGCGCAGGCGCAAGCUGGAGCACCUGAUCACAGAGCUGGUCCACCAGAGGGACGUCACGCGGUCCCUGAUCAAAAGCAAGGUCGACAACGCCAAGUCCUUCGAGUGGCUCAGCCAGAUGCGCUUCUACUUCGACCCCAAGCAGACAGACGUGCUCCAGCAGCUGUCCAUCCAGAUGGCCAAUGCCAAGUUCAACUAUGGCUUUGAGUACCUGGGUGUGCAGGACAAGCUGGUCCAGACGCCCCUCACCGACCGCUGCUACCUGACCAUGACCCAGGCCUUGGAGGCCAGGCUCGGGGGGUCCCCGUUCGGGCCCGCUGGGACCGGGAAGACAGAGUCCGUCAAAGCCCUUGGCCACCAGCUGGGACGGUUUGUGCUGGUUUUCAACUGUGAUGAAACCUUUGAUUUCCAGGCCAUGGGGCGGAUCUUCGUGGGGCUCUGCCAGGUGGGUGCCUGGGGCUGCUUCGACGAGUUCAACCGCCUGGAGGAGCGGAUGCUGUCGGCCGUGUCCCAGCAGGUGCAGUGCAUCCAGGAGGCGCUGCGCGAGCACUCCAACCCCAACUACGACAAGACUGCCGCCCCCAUCACCUGUGAGCUGCUGAACAAGCAGGUGAAGGUGAGCCCCGACAUGGCCAUCUUCAUCACCAUGAACCCCGGCUACGCGGGCAGGUCCAACCUGCCGGACAACCUGAAGAAGCUCUUCCGCAGCCUGGCCAUGACCAAGCCCGACCGGCAGCUGAUCGCGCAGGUCAUGCUGUACUCGCAGGGCUUCCGCACGGCCGAGGUGCUGGCCAACAAGAUCGUGCCCUUCUUCAAGCUCUGCGACGAGCAGCUGUCGUCCCAGAGCCACUACGACUUCGGCCUCCGCGCCCUGAAGAGCGUGCUGGUGAGCGCGGGCAACGUGAAGCGGGAGCGGAUCCAGAGGAUCAAGCGGGAGAAGGAGGAGCGCGGCGAGGCGGUCGACGAGGGCGAGAUCGCGGAGAACCUGCCUGAGCAGGAGAUCCUGAUCCAGAGCGUGUGCGAGACCAUGGUGCCCAAGCUGGUGGCCGAGGACAUCCCGCUGCUCUUCAGCCUGCUGUCGGACGUGUUCCCUGGGGUCCAGUACCACCGGGGCGAGAUGACGGCGCUGCGCGAGGAGCUGAAGAAGGUGUGUCAGGAGAUGUACCUGACCUACGGCGACGGAGAGGAGGUCGGCGGCACGUGGGUGGAGAAGGUGCUGCAGCUCUACCAGAUCACGCAGAUCAAUCACGGCCUCAUGAUGGUCGGGCCCUCGGGCAGCGGCAAGAGCAUGGCCUGGCGCGUCCUGCUCAAGGCUCUGGAGAGGCUCGAGGGCGUGGAGGGCGUGGCUCACAUCAUUGACCCCAAGGCCAUCAGCAAAGACCACCUGUACGGGACCCUGGACCCCAACACCAGGGAGUGGACGGACGGGCUCUUCACGCACGUCUUGAGGAAGAUCAUCGACAACGUGCGCGGGGAGCUGCAGAAGCGCCAGUGGAUCAUCUUUGACGGCGACGUGGACCCCGAGUGGGUGGAGAACUUGAACUCUGUGCUGGACGACAACAAGCUUCUGACCCUGCCCAACGGGGAGCGCCUCAGCCUCCCGCCCAACGUGCGGAUCAUGUUCGAGGUGCAGGACCUGAAGUACGCCACGCUGGCCACCGUGUCUCGCUGCGGCAUGGUGUGGUUCAGCGAGGACGUGCUGAGCACCGACAUGAUCUUCAACAACUUCCUGGCGCGGCUGCGCAGCAUCCCGCUGGACGAGGGCGAGGAGGAGGCCCAGCGCCGGCGCAAGGGCAAGGAGGACGAGGGCGAGGAGGCGGCGUCUCCCAUGCUGCAGAUCCAGCGGGACGCGGCCACCAUCCUGCAGCCGUACUUCACGUCCAAUGGGCUGGUGACCAAGGCGCUGGAGCACGCCUUCAAGCUGGAGCACAUCAUGGACGCCACGCGGCUGCGCUGCCUGGGCGCCCUCUUCUCCAUGCUGCACCAGGCCUGCCGCAACGUGGCGCAGUACAACGCCAACCACCCCGACUUCCCCAUGCAGGUCGAGCAGCUGGAGCGCUACAUCCAGCGGUACCUGGUCUACGCCAUCCUCUGGUCCCUGUGCGGGGACAGCCGGCUCAAGAUGCGCGCGGAGCUGGGGGAGUACAUCCGCAGAGUGACCACAGUGCCGCUGCCCGCCACCCCCAACGUCCCCAUCAUCGACUUCGAGGUGUCCAUCAGUGGGGAGUGGGCGCCCUGGCAGGCCAAGGUGCCCCAAAUCGAAGUGGAGACGCACAAGGUGGCGGCUCCCGACGUGGUAGUGCCCACGCUGGACACCGUCCGCCACGAGGCCCUGCUCUACACCUGGCUGGCCGAGCACAAGCCGCUGGUGCUGUGCGGGCCCCCCGGCUCCGGCAAGACCAUGACGCUCUUCAGCGCCCUCCGCGCCCUGCCCGACAUGGAGGUCGUGGGCCUGAACUUCUCGAGCGCCACCACGCCUGAGCUCCUGCUGAAGACCUUCGACCACUACUGCGAGUACCGGCGCACGCCCAACGGGGUGGUGCUGGCGCCCGUGCAGCUGGGCAAGUGGCUCGUGCUCUUCUGCGACGAGAUCAACCUGCCGGACAUGGACAAAUACGGCACGCAGAGGGUCAUCUCCUUCAUCAGACAGAUGGUGGAGCACGGAGGCUUCUACCGGACUUCCGACCAGACGUGGGUGAAGCUGGAGAGGAUCCAGUUUGUCGGGGCCUGUAACCCCCCCACUGACCCUGGAAGAAAGCCGCUCUCGCACAGGUUCCUGCGCCACGUGCCGGUGGUGUACGUGGACUACCCCGGCCCCGCCUCGCUGACGCAGAUCUACGGCACCUUCAACCGGGCCAUGCUGCGGCUCAUCCCGUCCCUGCGCACCUACGCCGAGCCGCUGACCGCCGCCAUGGUCGAGUUCUACACCAUGUCUCAGGAGCGGUUCACGCAGGACACCCAGCCCCACUACAUCUACUCGCCCCGGGAGAUGACUCGGUGGGUGAGGGGCAUCUUCGAGGCGCUGAGGCCCCUGGAGACUCUGCCGGUCGAGGGGCUCAUCCGGAUCUGGGCGCACGAAGCCCUGCGUCUCUUCCAGGACCGCCUGGUGGAGGACGAGGAGCGCCGCUGGACGGACGAGAACAUCGACAUGGUCGCCCUGAAGCACUUCCCCAACAUCGACAAGGAGAAGGCCAUGAGCCGGCCCAUCCUCUACAGCAACUGGCUGUCCAAGGAUUACAUCCCGGUGGACCAGGAGGAGUUGAGAGAUUAUGUCAAAGCGCGACUGAAAGUCUUCUACGAAGAAGAACUCGACGUGCCCCUUGUCCUGUUCAAUGAAGUGCUAGACCACGUGCUCAGGAUCGACCGGAUAUUCCGGCAGCCCCAGGGGCACUUGCUUCUGAUCGGCGUCAGCGGGGCGGGGAAGACCACGCUGUCGCGCUUCGUGGCCUGGAUGAACGGGCUGAGUGUGUACCAGAUCAAGGUGCACCGGAAGUACACAGGCGAGGACUUCGACGAGGACCUCCGGGUGGUGCUGCGGCGCUCCGGCUGCAAGAACGAGAAGAUCGCCUUCAUCAUGGACGAGUCCAACGUGCUGGACUCGGGGUUCCUGGAGCGGAUGAACACGCUUCUGGCCAACGGAGAGGUCCCGGGGCUGUUCGAGGGCGACGAGUACGCCACCCUGAUGACGCAGUGCAAGGAGGGCGCCCAGAAGGAGGGCCUGAUGCUGGACUCGCACGAGGAGCUCUACAGGUGGUUCACCAGCCAGGUCAUCCGCAACCUGCACGUGGUCUUCACCAUGAACCCGUCCUCCGAGGGCCUCAAGGACCGGGCCGCCACCUCCCCGGCCCUCUUCAACAGGUGCGUGCUGAACUGGUUCGGGGACUGGUCCACUGAGGCGCUCUACCAGGUGGGCAAGGAGUUCACCAGCAAGAUGGACCUGGAGAAGCCCAACUACGUGGUGCCCGACUACAUGCCCGUGGUGUACGACAAGCUGCCCCAGCCGCCCUCGCACCGGGAAGCCAUCGUCAACAGCUGCGUGUUUGUGCACCAGACGCUGCACCAGGCUAACGCCCGGCUGGCCAAGCGCGGAGGCAGGACGAUGGCCAUCACGCCUCGCCACUACCUGGACUUUAUCAACCACUACGCCAACCUCUUCCACGAGAAGCGCAGCGAGCUGGAGGAGCAGCAGAUGCACCUGAACGUCGGCCUCCGCAAGAUCAAGGAGACUGUGGACCAGGUGGAGGAGCUGCGCCGCGACCUGCGGAUCAAGAGCCAGGAGCUGGAGGUCAAGAACGCGGCCGCCAACGACAAGCUGAAGAAGAUGGUGAAGGACCAGCAGGAGGCGGAGAAGAAGAAGGUCAUGAGCCAGGAGAUCCAGGAGCAGCUGCACAAGCAGCAGGAGGUCAUCGCAGACAAGCAGAUGAGCGUCAAGGAGGACCUGGACAAGGUGGAGCCGGCCGUCAUCGAGGCGCAGAAUGCCGUGAAGUCCAUCAAGAAGCAGCACCUGGUGGAGGUGCGCUCCAUGGCCAACCCGCCUGCGGCCGUGAAGCUGGCGCUCGAGUCCAUCUGCCUGCUGCUGGGCGAGAGCACCACGGACUGGAAGCAGAUCCGCUCCAUCAUCAUGCGCGAGAACUUCAUCCCCACCAUCGUCAACUUCUCUGCCGAGGAGAUCAGCGAUGCCAUUCGGGAGAAGAUGAAGAAGAACUACAUGUCCAACCCCAGCUACAACUACGAGAUCGUGAACCGGGCAUCGCUGGCCUGCGGCCCCAUGGUGAAGUGGGCCAUCGCGCAGCUCAACUACGCGGACAUGCUGAAGCGCGUGGAGCCGCUGCGCAAUGAGCUGCAGAAGCUGGAGGACGACGCCAAGGACAACCAGCAGAAGGCCAACGAGGUGGAGCAGAUGAUCCGCGACCUGGAGGCCAGCAUCGCGCGCUACAAGGAGGAGUACGCCGUGCUCAUCUCCGAGGCCCAGGCCAUCAAGGCCGACCUCGCCGCCGUGGAGGCCAAAGUGAACCGGAGCACAGCCCUUCUCAAGAGCCUGUCCGCUGAGCGGGAGCGAUGGGAGAAGACCAGCGAGACCUUCAAGAACCAGAUGUCCACCAUCGCCGGGGACUGCCUGCUGUCCGCCGCCUUCAUCGCCUACGCCGGCUACUUCGACCAGCAGAUGCGGCAGAACUUGUUCACCACCUGGUCCCACCACCUGCAGCAAGCCAACAUCCAGUUCCGCACAGACAUCGCCAGGACCGAGUACCUCUCCAACGCCGACGAGCGGCUGCGCUGGCAGGCCAGCUCGCUGCCUGCCGACGACCUGUGCACGGAGAACGCCAUCAUGCUCAAGCGCUUCAACAGGUACCCGCUCAUCAUCGACCCCUCCGGACAGGCCACCGAGUUCAUCAUGAACGAGUACAAGGACCGCAAGAUCACGCGCACCAGCUUCCUGGACGACGCCUUCAGGAAGAACCUGGAGAGCGCCCUGAGGUUCGGGAACCCGCUGCUGGUCCAGGAUGUGGAGAGCUACGACCCCGUGCUCAACCCCGUGCUGAACCGCGAGGUCCGGCGCACGGGUGGCCGCGUGCUCAUCACCCUCGGCGACCAGGACAUCGACUUGUCGCCGUCCUUUGUCAUCUUCCUGUCCACCCGCGACCCCACCGUGGAGUUCCCGCCUGACCUCUGCUCCCGGGUCACGUUCGUCAACUUCACGGUCACGCGCAGCAGCCUGCAGAGCCAGUGUCUGAACGAGGUGCUCAAGGCCGAGAGGCCCGAUGUGGACGAGAAGCGCUCGGACCUCCUCAAGCUGCAGGGUGAGUUCCAGCUGCGGCUGCGGCAGCUGGAGAAGUCCCUGCUCCAGGCCCUGAACGAGGUGAAGGGGCGCAUCCUGGACGACGACACCAUCAUAACCACCCUGGAGAACCUCAAGAGGGAGGCGGCCGAGGUGACGCGCAAGGUGGAGGAGACGGACAUCGUGAUGCAGGAGGUGGAGACGGUGUCGCAGCAGUACCUGCCGCUGUCCACGGCCUGCAGCAGCAUCUACUUCACCAUGGAGUCCCUGAAGCAGAUCCACUUCCUGUACCAGUACUCGCUGCAGUUCUUCCUGGACAUCUACCACAACGUCCUGUACGAGAACCCCAACCUGAAGGGCGUCACGGACCACACGCAGCGCCUCUGCGUCAUCACCAAGGACCUCUUCCAGGUGGCCUUCAAUCGGGUGGCACGAGGCAUGCUGCACCAGGACCACAUCACCUUCGCCAUGCUGCUGGCCAGGAUCAAGCUCAAGGGCACCGCCGGGGAGCCCACCUACGACGCCGAGUUCCAGCACUUCCUGCGGGGGAAGGAGAUCGUCCUGAGCGCAGGCUCCACGCCCAAGAUCCAGGGCCUGUCGGUGGAGCAGGCCGAGGCCGUCGUGCGGCUGAGCUGCCUCCCGGCCUUCAAAGACCUGAUCGCCAAGGUCCAGGCGGACGACCAAUUCGGCAUCUGGCUGGAGAGCAGCUCCCCGGAGCAGACCGUGCCCUACCUCUGGAGCGAGGACACGCCUGCGACACCCAUCGGGCAGGCCAUCCACCGCCUGCUCCUGAUUCAGGCUUUCCGCCCCGACCGCCUGCUGGCCAUGGCCCACGUGUUCGUGUCCACCAACCUCGGCGAGUCCUUCAUGUCCAUCAUGGAGCAGCCGCUGGACCUGACGCAUAUUGUGGACACGGAGGUCAAGCCCAACACGCCCGUCCUCAUGUGCUCCGUGCCCGGCUACGACGCCAGUGGUCAUGUGGAGGACCUGGCCGCGGAGCAGAACACGCAGAUCACCUCCAUCGCCAUCGGCUCGGCCGAGGGCUUCAACCAGGCGGAUAAGGCGAUCAACACGGCCGUGAAGUCGGGCAGGUGGGUGAUGCUCAAGAACGUGCACCUGGCGCCAGGGUGGCUGAUGCAGCUGGAGAAGAAGCUGCACUCACUGCAGCCGCACGCCUGCUUCCGGCUCUUCCUCACCAUGGAGAUCAACCCCAAGGUGCCCGUGAACCUUCUCCGAGCCGGCCGCAUCUUCGUGUUCGAGCCGCCCCCGGGGGUGAAGGCCAACAUGCUGAGGACGUUCAGCAGCAUCCCCGUCUCCCGGAUAUGCAAGUCCCCCAACGAGCGUGCCCGCCUCUACUUCCUGCUGGCCUGGUUCCACGCCGUCAUCCAGGAGCGCCUGCGCUACGCGCCCCUGGGCUGGUCCAAGAAGUACGAGUUUGGGGAGUCUGACCUGCGGUCAGCCUGCGACACCGUGGACACCUGGCUGGACGACACCGCCAAGGGGAGGCAGAACAUCUCGCCGGACAAGAUCCCCUGGUCGGCGCUGAAGACGCUGAUGGCGCAGUCCAUCUACGGCGGCCGCGUGGACAACGAGUUCGACCAGCGGCUGCUCAACACCUUCCUGGAGCGGCUCUUCACCACCAGGAGCUUCGACAGCGAGUUCAAGCUGGCGUCCAAGGUGGACGGGCACAAGGACAUUCAGAUGCCAGACGGCAUCAGGCGGGAGGAGUUCGUGCAGUGGGUGGAGCUGCUGCCCGACGCGCAGACGCCGUCCUGGCUGGGGCUGCCCAACAACGCCGAGAGGGUCCUGCUCACCACCCAGGGGGUGGACAUGAUCAGUAAGAUGCUGAAGAUGCAGAUGCUGGAGGACGAGGACGACCUGGCCUACGCGGAGGCCGAGAAGAAGGCGCGCGCCGACUCCAGCGCCGACGGCCGCCCGGCCUGGAUGCGGACCCUGCACACCACCGCCUGCAACUGGCUGCAGCUCAUCCCGCAGACGCUCAGCCACCUCAAGCGCACGGUGGACAACAUCAAGGACCCGCUGUUCCGCUUCUUCGAGAGGGAGGUGAAGAUGGGGGCCAAGCUGCUGCAGGACGUGCGCCAGGACCUGGCCGACGUGGUGCAGGUGUGCGAGGGCAGGAAGAAGCAGACCAACUACCUGCGCACGCUCAUCAACGAGCUGGUGAAAGGUAUCCUGCCCCGGAGCUGGUCCCACUACACAGUGCCGGCCGGCAUGACGGUCAUCCAGUGGGUGUCGGACUUCAGCGAGCGGGUGAAGCAGCUGCAGAGCAUCUCGCAGGCGGCCGCGUCGGGCGGCGCCAAGGAGCUGAAGAACAUCCACGUGUGCCUGGGCGGGCUGUUCGUGCCGGAGGCCUACAUCACGGCCACGCGGCAGUACGUGGCCCAGGCCAACAGCUGGUCCCUGGAGGAGCUCUGCCUGGAGGUGACCGUGACCACGUCUCAGGGCGCCACCCUGGACGCCUGCAGCUUUGGGGUCACAGGGCUGAAGCUGCAGGGCGCCACCUGUGGCAACAACAAGCUGUCGCUGUCCAACGCCAUCUCCACGGUGCUGCCGCUGACGCAGCUGCGCUGGGUGAAGCAGACCAACGCGGAGAAGAAGGCCAACGUGGUGACGCUGCCCGUGUACCUGAACUUCACGCGAGCAGACCUCAUCUUCACCGUGGACUUCGAGAUCGCCACCAAGGAAGACCCGCGCAGCUUCUACGAACGCGGCGUGGCCGUGCUGUGCACAGAGUAGCCCCCGGCCCGGGGCGGCUGAGGGACGGUGGCCCAGUGUCGGAGGCUUGGCAAGUCGGGAGGGAUGGUCAGAGGAAAGUCGUCAGGUUGUGGUUGGGGGAGCGCGGGGGCGUUGGAGCAGAGGGAGAGGGGGACGGCGUGAGCGCGGGGUCGAGGGUCUGUGCGUGGCUGGGUCUCGGAAAUAAAACACUAAGCAUGACCGCA